AUGUCAUGGGACUCCAAAUCCACGGCGACUCGCCGGAGACAAAAUAGUAGCGCGGCAUCCGGGCGCUCAAGAGGGCUCUCGAUACACAUGCGAAAUGCAAGCAAGGCGGCGGCAGCGAGUUCAACACCGGUCAAGGUUGACCCCAAGUCUGCGCACACUUCAGACCCUUUCCUGCAAGGAUUCCUGAACCCGGCAUUCGACCCGGCAGACUACCUCAACCUGACCCUGCCACCCCUUCAGGGCUCAUCGUCAUCACUAAGGUCCUCGUCGACGGCGGGCAAGGGCGCCGUGCCCCUGGCCCAGCUCUCGAGCGAGGCCCAGGAGCUCCUGACGCAGCUCAACGCCCACACGACACGGCUCGCGACCACGCUCACGCAGCUGACGGACGACAUAAUCCGCAGCGGCAGCAGGCUGGCGUACGAGGUUGAGCUGCUCCGGGGCGAGACGCUGGGCCUGGCCGAGACGCUCACAGAGGGCCCAUUGCGGGAGGAUCUUGAAAGGUUCGUCCCGGCCGGCAUCGAGAACACGGUUGCCUCCACCAGGCGGGCGUCGUUCGGGAGCUUAGCACCCCCCACGCCCUUCCCCGAGAAGGACAAGGACUCGCCUCCGCCCGCGACGCCCGCCGCGGUGGUGGAGAAGAAGGCUGCCGAGGCCGGCGAGGACGAGCCGGCGUACAUAUCACACCUGAGGACGCUGACGCUAGUUCGGUCACGUCUCGACUCCGUGAUCAAGACGUUCGGAGAUGCGAUGGACUUUGUCUUCCCGCCGUCCGAGGUCUCCGUCAGCUCGGGCUUCCUCUCCGUGUCGGCGCCGGACUUCCCGGACAUGCACACCGCGUCCAAGGAGCAGAUCAGCACUGAGGAGAAGGGCCAAAAGACCCUCAGGAAACUGCGCGACGAGAUCUCGGGCCUGCUGGCGAAGAACAACCCGGACCCGGUGAAGGGCGUUGAGGACGCUACCAAGAGGGUGGAGGAGCUCAAGGAGCUCACCACGGUAUGGAAAGGCACGGCGGAGGAGAAGGGCAGGCAGAGGUUCGUGGAGAACCUGGCGCGGAUGGUCGAGGAUCGGCAUAGGGAGUUGGUGAAGGAGGCGGAGAUGCAGAGGGACCAGGGCUUGAGGGAGAGUCGAAGUAGGCAAGAUGAGGACGCCUUGAAGCGAGAGCAGGCGAAUACCUCAGAUUCCGCCUCUUCGGAGGCUAGAGGGUCGAUGGGCGGUUACGGGUUUAUGACUCAGUGGCAGAAGCUGAGGAGUGGGCUUUGA